AUGACAGUGAACGAGAAAAUGAACUCCAGCCAGUACCCCUAUGAAGCGUGUUUAAUUCCCGCCCUUGAUGAAAAACUCCAACACCAGAUCCGAGACAUUAGCAACUACGUCGUUCUUCCACUGGAUAUGAUUAUGGCUGCCACGUCACUUAUUCUAAACACGGUUAUCUGCAUGACUGUCAUAGGCACUAGAUCUCUUCGACAUCCCUCAUUGCUAUUAUUGUGCAGCUUAGCAGUUACUGAUUUGCUAUGGGCUCUCGCUACUCUUAUUUAUUACACGUUUGUUCUACGUGAUCCGUAUAUGUGCCCUGAGAACGGUGAAGAAGUUGUACUUGUUGGUAACUUUUUUUUCCUGGCCACCUUAAGCAACUUAACUACGAUUAGCAGAGACCGUUAUCUGGCAAUAAGCAAGCCACUUUGGUAUCGUGCUUACUCGAGCACAUCACGCGUCGUCAAAGUUAUAAUUUUUAACUGGCUUUUAAGCGCGCUGAUGCCUGUUCUUCUUUACUGGUUCAAACUUAAGAACAUGUCUCUUGUCAUCUACUUUGAGGGUGCAUUUUAUCUGCUAUUUACAGUCUUGGUUUUGGCAAUUGUUUACAAUUAUGUCGGUUCCCUACUCGUAAGCAGGAGAUAUGCUAGAAACAUACAGAUGUCAAUUGGACAAAUUGGUACUGUGGUAAACAGAGAAAAGAAAAUAACCCGUAUGAUCUCGGUGAUUAUUUUGUGUUUUUUCUUCUCCUUCCUACCAGGAUUUCUAACUCCUUUAUUACUGAUUGCUUUGGAGAUGCUAUCUGAGGGCCUUGUACGUUUUUCAGGUUUGUUGUUUACGCUCAAUGGCCUGCUUAAUCCAUUGAUCAACUUUGCCGGUAACAAAGAUAUUCGAAGAGCAAUCCGUGUCAAGUUCAUGUGUCGUCGUCAACGUGUUCAUCCAUCGACUCAAGGUUAA